AUGCUUCCAGUCGGCGGAGAGCAUCAAGAACGUUAUUUCGUAGCGCAUAUAGGGUCACGCGAGAAGCUCACGCUGGGAGUAGGAGUAGAUUCGGUGUGCGCGCAGAGCACGGCUUACAUUUUGCAGGCAGCCGCCUUUGAAGCUGUGCGACCAGAGGAUGCACGCCGUCGGGGCGAUCAGGCUCAUAGCGAACGAAGAUUGAUGAUGCGAUGCGAUGCGAUGCGAUGCGAUAUAUCAAUGCAGGGCAGCGCAGGGCAGCCUAGCAUGAGAGGAGGAAGAGACUUCUCGGCAAGUUCUCGGAGACUCGUCGGAGACUCGUCGGACUUCGACUGGGUCUCCGAGACAGCAGAAUUCCAACAACUCCGUGUCCCCUGCCACUCGCUCUUCACUGCACGCAAGCGCCAACACGAGGCCACCUUCAAUGCUUCCCCUCUCUCCUACGACGGCGCGGCGACAUGCACACCUGGACACCACGAGAAAGAGGCAGACGUGCUGAGCGGCAGGACCUGGCGAAUUGGGUUGCAAUACGAGGUGCAGCAUGAUUAUGACGCCAUGUACAUCGACCAUGUCAUCAAAAAUGGCGCGAGGCGCUGUAAGCCAAAAGCGACCGAUCCGCCGGCGCCGAAGAGGUCGAAGAAGCGGGUGGAGAAGGCGCACAUACACGAGCGAACACCACCGACGCUACAAGUUGCUCAACAACCGCCCUUCGCAAUUCCAGGUGGUAGCGCUGCGUUCUCUACGCUUUUUCCUUCACUUACCCCCGCAGAGGGGAAUCAUCGCUAUCUCAUGCCUCCGCCGACAGCACCGGCCAAUAUGCGCCUCCGAGUGCGACACAGGUCUCAGGCGGCAUGCCUUAUGCACCGUCGCCCUCCAAUAUGUAUCAACGUCACUGAGUUGUGUACAAAUUGCAAACAUCUCGGAUUUCGCCACACCGCUAUCUUGCUAGCAAGCUUUUCAUUUUCAGUGACACGCCCAGUAUCUAUCAGCAGAGUCGUCAAAAUGCAUCAAAUUCCCUACCCCAGCGGAAACCACGAUUCCGCGACAGUGAGGCCACGCUUCUUCGAAGGCCACGCUUCUUCUAAGGUCACGCUUCCUCCAUGGUCACGCUUCUUCCAUGGUCACGCUUCUUCCAUGGUCACGCUUCUUCCAUGGUCACGCUUCUUUCAAGGUCACGCUCUGCGCUUCUUUCACGGCCACGCACCACACGCUUCUCUGGAAGGUCAAGGGUAUAAGAUGUGCGAUGUCAGCACACAUGUCUCCUCCACAGGGCAAUGGCCGAGUCUCAGUGGGCCAGCAUCUCUCAGCUUCAAGCCUUACCCGAGAGACGACUACUCGAAGCUCUUACUCAGACAGCGGCCAGAUCCUCGCCAGCGACGCGAGAUGAAGCUCAAGAUCGUCCUAGACGUUCGCUCUGACAAUGACAUAUACAAGAGUACUCUCCAUCCCCGUAGGCCGCAAUACUUCCAAGAUCUCGACGGCGAGUCGCAGCCUAACGACAUCGACGAGGAGGGCAAUAACCAAGGACUGCAACGUUGGCUACAUUCAGAUGAAGAGCACACAUAUAGAUCCUCACGAGACUGUGCGCAAGGAGCAGCUCUGGCUCUACUCCAGGACUUGAAAUGCCGCUUCAACGCAGCGGACAAUGCCAACGAGGAAAUGUGUUCUAAGCGCAGGCUCGUAAUCCUAGGUUCCAUAGUCGCCGAAUUGCGUAAUAAUCCUUUCACGAUUCAAAAUGUGUCCAAUGUCACGCGAUAUCUAGUCUACGGCACAAUUCUCCUACAGUACCCUUUUAAAGUAAGCGAAGGUCAUCAAAUGGCCAAUUUGCGAUCAGACGCCAACACGACAUAG